UUUAGUGAUGGCCGAGGUUUAGGUAACAUUUCCCCGUGGAACGUCCGGAGCCGGAGUCAAAAUGGGUGUUAAAAUAGAGAUGUUUAGGAUGAUGCUGUAUCUAUCCUUUCCCGUGGCCAUGUUCUGGGUCUCUAAUCAAGCAGAGUACUUCGAAGAAUACGUAGUAAAGAGAAAGAGGGAAAUCUUCCCCCCUAACGAGGCACAGCAUAGGAAAGAGUUGGAGGACUUCAAAGAGCGAAUGCGUGUUCGUAGGGAACAGCGAAUAUUAAAAGAUAUUUCUGUUGAAUCUGAGAACUGAGGAUUAUGUGUCGAAGAAGUGCAUGAGUUCUCAGCACCACUGACGGAGGAUUAUUCAGGAGUGUUUUAUUGGCAAAAGAAAACUGAGUGGACUGGAGUAUGACAUCACAUUGGAAACCACUGCAAAGUUAACACAUCCCAAAGGUGUGCUGGGUUAUUUCCAGGGAUUAAUUAUGCCUAAUAAGCCUAAUAUUAUAUUUGAUUUUCAUGUUCAAAUGCCAGAAUUCUUUGCUUGUGUUUAAAUGUCUGAUACGUUGAGUUGCUGUGACUGUGCUGUCGUAAAAUAAAUAAUAAUUUGAUUUA